GCUCCUGUUGUACUGCUUCCGGUUACACUUAUUUGGCUUAUCACGUAUGUAAUUCCAUAAUUUAGGAAUCAAAACUUGACGGUAAGACGUAACUGGUUUUUUGCAUCUGGAGGUUGCAUGAGUCUCAAUGAAAUUGAACUGGAAAUUGAAAUGCUGCAGUAUAAUUGUGUUUGUUUUGCUGUUAAGUAUUUCAUACGAAGUGUGGUUCAUUAGUACACAAGGAACUAUAUCCAUUGAUAGAGUGUAUAAUUUCAAGCACACCAAGUCACCUUUUAUGGCCAUGUCUAAUAAUGAUGCACAAAUGCACUUAUCAACGGAUGUGAAAAUUAGCAAAAGAGUAUUUUCAAUGGAGGAAGUUUCAGAGUUCAUUGUAAUGAUUUUAAAUAAUGAACAUGUCAUGGUAGCUUUAAAGACUGUUUGGAAAAAAUAUUUUAGAAAUAGUGAAAAGCUGUUUUCAGAUUCUGAAAAUGAAAACUUUGAGAGUGAAGCAGAUAUAAUGCUAAAGGACAUUUUAAACAAAAGAAAUAAGAAUACAUUUUUGGAUGUAAAUGAGAAGUAUGAAUUCAACGUCAUCAACCGUACAUGUAAGAUCAUUGAGAAGAGCCUCUCCAGAAAAGGACAGUGUAUUUUAUCAUUAGAAGGCACGCUCUGCUCUGAGCUGAGAACAUUGAACAGUGUGGCAGCUAGGAAUUCAAAAAAACACAAAAAGAAACCACCACGUGUAUGGAGGGAAGAAAACUCAACAACUUGUGAUUACAUGCACAUGAAUUCAACAAGUUUUUCCCUUCUUCCACAAAAGAAUCCGUGCUAUGAGGAGUGUGAUGGCGGAUACAAUACUAUCAGAUGUCUUCCGUAUUUCUUGAUAAUCGGUAUGCCAAGGUCUGGCACCACCAGUCUUUAUCACCACCUGACCCACCACAAGGAUGUGGUGCCUGGAAAGGCAAAGGAACCAAUGUAUUUUAACAGGAACUGUUAUCGGGGUAUGAAUUUUGCUGACUACUCCUUGAAUUUUGAUGAAAUGAAAACACACAUUGCGGCUGAAAUGAAGUUUUCCCCAUUUAUCACAGGGGAUGCCUCUGCAGACCUGGCAUUUGACAGUUGGAACUGGAGAAAUUUCCCAGGAAACCAAGGACUCCAACAACCAAAGCAUGUCCUCCCUUUCUACAUACACAAGCUACUCCCAAAGCUCAAAAUCAUAGUUGUAUUGCGGGAUCCAGUUGAGCGGUUGUAUUCAGAUUAUUUGUAUGAGGCCCCAUCUGCCCGUUACCUUCUGUCACUGGAAGAUUUUCACCAAGCUGUUCACAGAGCCGUCAGCAAACAUAAACAGUGUCAGACUCAAUUUUCCAUACGCACAUGUGCAUAUAAUUCAUCACUUGAAAAUUACAAGGCUAGAUUGCGAGUUGGGAUGUACCACGUGUUUCUGACGGACUGGCUGCAGAUUUUUUCACGUGAUCAAAUUCUAGUGAUCAACUUUGACGAUUACACAAAAGACAAAAAGGAAGUGCUAAUCAAAGUAUCACAAUUUCUGGAGCUGAGUAAUCUUACGGCGGAAGAGUCAAGAUUAUUUUUUGCAAGCCACGCAAGAGAAAACCGCCGCUCCAAUCGGACACGGGACAUGGGAGACAUGCUGGCAGAGACUAAGGAAAUGCUUCGCGAGUUCUACAAGCCUUUCAAUGUUAACCUUUCACAGUUACUGCAAUCCAACAGAUUUCUCUGGUCUUACUGAAUUAGCAAGUCAAUCAGGGAAAGCAUAAUGAAACAUUUUAUCAUAAGAUUAGCAUGAUUUAUUGAUUAAAGAUGCUGUGUCUUAGAAAACAGAAGAAAUACAUUCAAAAGUUGUUCAGGUGCCAUUUACCAUAUAGUGUAGAGUAUAUGGCUACAACAUUCAUUUAUAUUAUCAGAAAAGUUUACAGUUAUGAUGUAUGAUUUAUGAAGAAAGCUAAGUUCAAUAGCCUGUGUGUAGAGUGUUAUAAUUAGUCAGAAUCUUUUAUGGUUGUGAAGCAUGUUGAUAAUGAUAUUAUUUGAUGUGUUCAUUUACAUGUAGCAUUCUGUAAAUUAAUUAAUCUACCGUGGAUUUUAUGGCAUAUGGUAAACAAAAUAUGUUAGAAAGAAAUUGGGUGCUUUCAUUCGUAUAAUGAAUAAAACUUUGUGUUUCCCUA